AUGGACGUCAUUACCAUCAGUGACAGCGACGAGAAGGCCCUACAGGCACAACCCACGCCCCGAGGCCGCGGUCCGUCCCCGCGGUAUGCCGACGAGUCGGAUCGUCCGCCAUCCCCACGGUAUGCCGACCAUCCGCCAGCCCCACGGAAUGCCGACGAGCCGGAUCGCCCGCCGUCCGCGAGGUACGCUGACGCACACGAAGACGCCCAGGAGCCCAGCUGGCUCGAUAACGACGCGUGGGUCAAGGACGACGAGGAGGAAACGAAUGGCGCCCCCGAGUACGUGCCUCACGCGGUCUUCGAGAGCGACGAAAGGUACGGGUAUCGCCUCGACGAGUCGACACACCUUAUGCGGCUCCGAGUUACGCACGUCGUCCAGGAGGCACCCUGGCGCCCGACACCCGAGCCCACAGUCGAAUUCCCGCUUUCGCCCGAAAAGCCAACCUGGCCCGCCUUCGGGUGGCCGGAGACGCCCCCGCCCCCAACGACUUUCCGACCCGAUGCACCCCCGUGUCGACCAUCUUAG